UCAUUUACCUGUUUUUCUUGUGUUUCUGAUACUGAUAACUGGCGUGCCGUGUUUCGUGCAAGUAUCGUGUUUAUUCGCUUUGAAUUUGUAAUUUUAUCAUCAAAUCCGAAUGUUUUGUAUGGCGAUCGGUAUCGCAAGAUUCGUGCUAGUUAUUUGAAAGUUUAGUGUCCUGUGUUUCGUGAACUGGAAAGUUGGUUAUAAUUCAUGGUUUGGGAUGUUAUGGAUCUGGAUCUGACGAGGCACCAAAGUUUUGGUCCUGCGAUGACUCGAGGCAGAAUGAGCAACCACCGUUCAUUUUAGUUUAUGGCGGUGCCUCCUUGCCUAAGGCUGAACUUAAAAAUCCGCGUACCUGAGAGCGCAGAUCCGCAAGCAGCCAAGGCGCCCGCGCAGGGUCCGAGCCCAAAUGGAAGGUGCGAGAACCUCGAGCGACUCCUCGUCAAAGCGCUCAUCGACAAGGGCAUCAUCCGCGUGAACAGCGUCGCGUCGAUCCGCGUCGCGAGCAAGGACCCGAAGGCGGACGACCCCGCGGUCGGCACGAUUGCCCAAGCGCAGCGGCAAAGCGGGAAUGGGAGCGAGGCGGGCGAGAAGCUCUGCCUGACGUUCGUCGAGAACGGGACGAACCAGAUCUGCAUCAUCCCGGUGACCGAGCUCAACCAGGUGCUCGUCGGCGAGAAUGCCGUCUACGCCCUCGUCAACGGCGCCGAGGCCGGGGAGAGCGAGGGGGCGCCGCCGCCGGGCGGCGGCGACGACGUGCCCAUGCCGAGCCACCCCGAGGUCGAGACCGCGCCUCCCGGGCAGAGCAUGGUCGCGACCGGGCCCGCCGACCCGCCCUUCGCCGAUCAGAACACUCCAGCGGCCGCCUCCGCCGAGAAAACCAACAGAAUUGCUGAUGGCGAACCAAUCAAGUUGCCGGAAAACCUGGAAAGUCUUCCGAGAGCAGAGCAUUUUCCAAUUCAACGACAUCGAUGGAACACCAAUGAGGAAAUCGCCGGGAUUUUAAUUAGUUUUGAACGACAUGCUGAGUGGCAGUCUAAAGAAGUCAAAAUUAGGCCCAAGAGUGGCUCAAUGCUACUGUACAGCCGCAAAAAAGUGCGGUACAGGAGGGAUGGCUACUGCUGGAAGAAACGCAAGGAUGGGAAAACCACCCGAGAAGAUCAUAUGAAGCUCAAAGUUCAGGGAACAGAGUGCAUAUAUGGAUGCUACGUUCACUCAGCCAUCCUCCCCACGUUUCAUCGAAGGUGCUACUGGCUGCUUCAGAAUCCAGACAUAGUUUUGGUGCACUACUUGAACGUCCCUUACCCGGACGACAGCAAGCUGGGGGCCGUGGUGACGCCGAGCCUGGCUUUGUGGGCCGACAAGAAGGAGUGGACCAAAGAGGAGCUAGUCUCUCAGCUUCGUCCCAUGUGUGAGUCCCCGCCAAUCCACUCCGUUUACAGUGAAGAUGAGCCCGAUCUGAAUAAUGAAUUGGAAAUUUCGACAGCAGAAACUGUUGAGGCCAUCGUAGGGCAGCUGAUGGAAAAACAACGAUCCGCAAAAGCUGCAGCUGUUACUAAAACACUUGAGUGCGGGUGUCCAGACUCAACAUGUGCAGAUGGUAAUGCAUGUGCUCAUCCCCUUCGGCGCAUCUCUGCUGCGAAACCAGACAGCAGUAACAUGGUCUCUUCAACAACCGGAAGCUCUGUGCUUGCUCCUAUCCCUAGACAACACCAAAAUAGCGAUGCUGAAGAACAUGGCAAUGACAUAUUUACAAUCAACGCCCAAAGCGCAAACCAGCAAAGCAUUGGGAACUCAAGUGGACCUUUAGUUCUGAGUUUAUCGCAGCUCUCAGGUUCCACAGGUAGUUUACUGAUCUUGAAUGAUGCAUCCACUGCAGCGGCAAGUAAACUACUAGGAAACAACAAUCUUCGUCAUUCAGAUCAAACACCAAACAUAGGCUCAUCCUUUAUUACAUCUAGCCAGCAACAACAGCAGCAGCAACAACAACAGCAACAACAACAGCAGCAGCAACAACAGCAACAACACCAGCAACAGCCACAGCAGCAACAGCAACAACAGCAGCAGCAGCAACAACAACAACAGCAGCAGCAGCAGCAUCAACACCAGCAACAACACCAAAGGUCUCUUCAUAACCGGAGGAAUGAUCGGCGGUUGCUUUCAUCGCAUAACUUGAUUUUGAAACAAGAAAACAUGGAGCUAAUGACAAGUAAUUCUUGUCAAGUUACUUGCAGUCAUCCAAACGAAGGCACAGACUCAGGGGUCAGUCUCAGCGCCCCAUCAACCAACAUGAAUAUAGUCAAUAACAAUAAACCAGCUUUGAAUACAAGGGUUGAAGUUGAGCAACUAGCAGAUAAGAUGGAUGCCACGAACAGCAAUAAUCUCCUACCCAAACCUAGCUUUGAAUCUUUCCCUAAACAACGUAAAGGACAAAAAGUUUCUGGGGAAGGAGAGAAAGGAAUUGAUUUAUCUUUGCUGGAUAUGAAGGAGUUCGGCAUGUCGUAUGACAAAGACACUGCAAAUAUGCGAAACAAUUUUUUUACUUUAGGCUUGUCUCAUGAUGAGAUUCAACAAACAUUAUCUGCUAAUUUACCUCUCUGUGAUAAUAGGUUUAGUAAUGCAGGUCAAAAAAUUCUUGGUGAUGAUGAUGUGUUGAUUAACUCUAUGGACUUUAUUGAUGUUGCCGUCUCUGAUGAUGAUGUGCUAGUCAAUCUGGAUGCAUUUGAUAUGCUGGGAGAUUUCCCGGAAUUGGAAAUUUUAGACUCCAACAAUCAUGAUUCAAUUGUGGAUGGAAGUAACAGCAAUAAGAGCGAUGGUCAGAUUUCCAUGCAAACCACACCAAGCACCGGCAAAAGUCAAGAGCAAUCAUCUGCAAAGCAGUUCAGACAAGGCAGUCUAAAUAUCUCGGAUUUUUCUCCUGACUGGGCCUACCCGGAGGGUGGCAUCAAAGUGUUAGUCACCGGACCAUGGCACUCAGCAUCUGCCAAUUACACAGUUUUGUUUGAUUCUACGCCUGUACCAACCACUUUAGUUCAAAUGGGAGUCUUGCGCUGUUAUUGCCCAGCCCACGAAGUUGGAAUAGCAUCAUUACAAGUUGCUUGUAAUGGGUUUGUGAUCUCCAAUUCAGUGAUGUUUGAAUAUAAAACAUCGCCAUCAGAGGCAGAGACCGCCCAAAGUGAGGAACGAUACUCAGGUGGCUCAAACGCAGACAGGCAUCGAAGCUGGUCAGCUGAGAAUGACUACGAAAAUGACAAUCUCCUUAGGUUUACGCUCAUGCAACGACUUGAGGCUGUGGACGCUCAGCUACAAAUUAAACAAGAACCUGAUACUGGCUCUGAUCAGGCCUUACGACUACUGAGUCGACGUGAUUUUGAAGAGCAGUUAGUAUCAUAUUGUCAAGGACUAAGUACACGAGAAUGGUGUGAGACUGCCCACUCAAUCACUAGCAGAUGGUGCCCAACACAUUACGGGAUGACACUCCUCCACAUUGCAGCAGCGCUUGGCUAUUCAAGACUUGUUUGUGCAAUGUUACACUGGAGAGCGGAAAAUUCAUCCACUAUACUAGACUCGGAGGUCGACGCUUUGUGUCAAGAUGAUAAAGGAUUCACUCCUCUUACAUGGGCUUGUGCUAAAGGUCACCGCGAUACUGCUCUCCUUUUAUAUCAAUGGAAUAGCUCUGCUUUAUCAAUCAUGAAUGUGUAUGCGCAGUCACCACUGGAUGUUGCCAGACUUAACUCUCAUAUACAUUUAGCCAGUGAAGUUGAAAGGCUUGAGGAUGCAAGGAAAAAGAAUAUGAGCACAGACAACGGUUCCCCGUCUAAUUUGGCAGGUGAUGUAUCAACCACAAACCUCUUAACAAACAUUGAUAGUAAUUUGAUGAGCAAUAAAGAUGAGGGGGUGUUCCUUCGGCCUGAUGCUGCAUCAAGGAAUGUGUGUGGAAUGGAAAAAUACAAAGUGCUCAGUGUGGAACUUCAUGUCAACAUUCCAAAUCUGACAGAAACGAGUGAAACCUCACAGUCUACGGAUCCAGGUGGCACUGCAAGUAUACUCAGUACAAACAACAGAUCUCAACCGUCAUCGCGGUAUCUAAUCAAAACAGCAGCAGCAGAAAACAUUACUUUUUUUCAAUCCUCAUCAGCAGAGAGUCUCAUUGCCGCUGCAUCACCUGUUAAUAAAUCAAACGUAAAUUCUUUGUCCUGUAACUUUGAUGCUCGGAAGUUCUCAAGUUAUCGCCUAGAUCGAAGUAUGUCUCUCCCUCUCAACUCUCCAAUGUCAGAUUCAACAUUUGACUCUGGAAUAUCCUUGGACAUCUCCCAUGACACUCAUCAGCUGCCGGACCGUGAGAUGGAUUUUGCACUUUGCCAAGUUGCUUUCAAGUCAAGUUCUCAAACCCUGAGUCCACCCAUGCUGGAUGUCGGUGCUUCAACGAGUUUUUCUGAGACAUCUGAGAAUGUUGGGGAGCAAGAAGUACGAGUCUUAACACUAGCUGAGCAAAUCAUUGCUGCCAUACCUGAUCGUAUUAAGAUUGAAAGUGACAGUGAAGAGAUGGAUUCACUGGUUUCUUUGGAAUCUCCCCUGCCACCCCCAUCAUCAUCUGCAUCUUCAUGCUGUUUUGACUCCGCCUCUCCUGAUUUUAGUUUCGAGCCCUGUGACAACAACUAUAGGCACUAUGACGUGGCUACUCCAGGCUCCAGUCUAAGUCCCGCAUCCUCGAGCUGUUUACAAUCCCCUGCUCCAUUCCCACUCCCUGACUCGCCAUCACCCCCACCUACUACAGCAGAUUUCUGUGAAUUUUUCCAAGCUUCAUCAAACAACAGCCUAUUCUUUGAAAAAGAUUUCUCCAAUUUAACUUUGUCAGAUCGAGAGCAAAGGGAACUGUAUGAGGCAGCAAAAAUAAUUCAGAAAGCAUACAGAUCUUACAAAGGUAGAAAAAAAUUGGAGGAGCAAGACAAGGAGAGGACAGCAGCUGUCCUCAUUCAAAAUUAUUACCGACGGUACAAACAAUACGCUUACUUUAAGCAAGCAACUCAUGCGGCAAUGGUAAUUCAACAUGGCUAUCGUUCCUACUGCGAGAACAAAAGAUUCAAGAAAAAUUAUCACAACAGCAAUUCAUCAUCCCCUUCCAGUAGUUUAAAACGAACCCAUUCUCAAAGGAGACAACACCAAGCAGCCAGGCAAAUUCAGCAAUUUAUGCGGCAGUCUAAAAAUAACGUUUGGGAAACCGGUGCUGAAACAGUGGUUACAGAAAGAGCGUGCCUCAGCCGGCGAAAGAGAGAGGCAAGUCGACCAAUGUCUGGAUGUCCGCCUAAACUUGCUCAGUUCUCAGUCCAUCGAUCCAAAUAAAUGAACACAUCAGAUGCGGAAGGACUUAUUUUGGACAUCUAAACAGAAAGAUUUCUUCCAUUUAUUUGCCAACGAAAGAAAUUUUAACUCUCGUUUCCUCACUUUAGAGUGAGUUUAAUACUGCUCACCUUGGACAAUCUCUGCAGUUUUGAACGGACCACAGUGAAAACAAUCUAUUCGACUGUGGGAAAGAGUAUUUUUUUCCUUCAAAUGAACUGUUAAUCUCUAAUCAUAAUGUUAACUUUUUGUAAGAUAGUUGCACCAAAAUCCAGCAUUAAAAAAGUUCCCUCUUUUCCAGUGGUGAGGCGUGAAUGAUCGAUGAUUGAUUAUCAAUAUUUCCCCAUUUGAAGCCAUGGUAAAGAAUCGAUUAUUUAGGUGUUCAUUGCCAACACCCUAUUUAUUGAUCCUUUUUCAUUUCUUUAAAUGGCAGAUCAAUCGAUAUAUUGCAAAGCACGCCACACCACUGCUCUUUUCUAGUUUUGAAGAUUAUCGUCAAAAUCAGCAAUUUAAGUGCGUAAUAGCAUAAAGGAAUUUAUCUGAGCAAACGGUGAGGAGGUAUUGGCUGUAGAAGGAUGGAAGCUAAAUUGUACGACUGUACCUAUUUCUUCCUUGGAUGUGGCGCAUUCUGGGAAAAUUGCCCCCAUCUUCUAAGAGACCUUAAAUUAUUACUAAUGCGUUGAAGAGUUAAUACUUUGCACCCACACAUCAAGAUUGCUCCGCAAUUUGAAUAUUGAACAACAUUGUAGUGACUUCAAAUUUCAGAAUGGCUACCUGAAAGGCCAGUAAUUAGGAAAUACAUCUUCACUCCAUUCAGCGAUGCUAUGUUGAGCAUAUCAUUUACACCUGCAUCCUGUAACAUAUUAGAUAGGAGUUAGCUUAAAAAGCUAAACAGGGAUCAUUUUGAACUACUCAUAUUUUAUCUGGCAAUUAGUUUGCUGUUUUUCUGAAAAGUGUGACUUACAGCUAUUUUAUUCAACUCAAGUGAGGUCUCCCUAGUAGUAAGGUCCAUGAAGAGUAGGAUUUUGCCACUUAGAGGACCAUGGCAUGAAGACGUGCAGUGGAUACUUCAUUUGGAAAGGGAAGAUACUCAAAAUGAUAUGAAUUAAAUUUCCUUUUCUUCCUUGAAAUACGAGGCAAUUUAGGCAUGUCUUUCUAAAAUAUGGAUAUUAUGGAUCAUAAUAAUUUCACAAGUGGUUUAAGAUAAGCAAAAGAUGAUCAGGAUCCAUAGAAACAAGUUGAAAGUUAUGGAAAGUCGUUUCUUUUUGGUUCAUUAUUGCAACUAAUGUUGUUCGCUGGACCGCAAGGGCUCCAAAAUUGAGCUCUACUGGCUAAAUGCUCGCUUCAUGGACUUGAAUCAGGUCACUUCGCUUGGAGAACAGUCAGAAACCUCUCUGCUUUCCUUUUGCAUCAGUGGCUGAUUUAGGGGAGGAAAAAGAUGAUCUUCCCUAGUUCCUUCCUCCAUUAAAAUGCUGCACUUCCAUUUUUUCUUGUUUUUUUUUUUUUUUUGGCUGUGUUAAAAUAUUUUCAAAUGAAAGUACAUAUUAUAUUUUCAAAAAAGUUUUAUCACACCAUUAUAAAAUAGAAUGUGAACCUUUAAUAUUUUCUUUCACAUACUUUUAGGGUCAGAAGUUUGUUAAGAAUUUUAAUGGCUAAACUCAGAAGCCGCGUUACUCAGUGGUAGUUUUUCAAAAAUUUUGUUCUCAUUUAAUUUUUUAUAACCAAAAACCAGCCUCGAUUAAAAUUUUUGGAAAUUUUCACAGAAUAUUCUUUAGAAAAUAAAAAUUAUAAAAAAUUCUAAGAAACCACACUCGUCAGUUUUUUUACUAAAAGAAAUGUGGUAUAUCAAGAAGAUUGCAACAAUGCAAACCCAGAAACGCUGUAUCUGAGUUAAGCCACAGAUCUAAUUUGCAUUUUUAAAAAAUAAAUGAUUACAUAUGCUUUUUUCACAGUUAGGUAUUUGGCUUUUGCUUUAGUAAGUGAAACUUAUAUAGUUAACCAAUCUGGGUCUUAUAGUUCACAGAAUUUUGAGGAUAGUAUGUGAUCAAAUAUUUUGGAUUUGCAGCAAACGCUGCUGUUUCUAGCUAUAUCUACUCACAGUUUGUCUUAAUUUACUGACACUGUUUACUUUAUUUUUUGCAUCGUUCCUUCUCCAUACUUUUUGACGCUUACUCAAAGAAGUUACCUUUUUCAAUGGAAAGCUCAUUGCAAAAUCAUGAUUCUUUGCCCUACCUGAUGUUUUCAAAAUUUAGAAAAUAGGUAAGACGCGAUUCAAUGCAUUUGCAUCCGAUAGUUCAAGCUCCAGAAAAUUUGGCAAGGAGAGCAACAGCAAGUAGAUUGCAGAAAGUUCAAAUAUUUGAACUUCACUGUAGCCUCGGAACACGAGAAACUGUGCAUAAAGAUGAGAAGACUAUUGAUUUUUUUUUUUUUAUUUCUGUGCGUACUUUAUUUCAAAGUAAGCACUUUUUUUUAUUAUUCUCGCAACUCUCAGCAACUCACUAACCUAUACCAAAUGCAGAUAUCAAAUUUUAAACACUAAGACAUCUAACUGCCCUACUUUCCAGCAGAAUUUCUUGGGGCCUGAAAUUUUAGGUGGACAUAAUGCUUGAUUGUAAUUCUAGUUUCAGAAAAUUUUAAAAAAAAUAUGAAAACUAAGGAUUUUGCAAUGAGCUCACUACGUUUUCACUUGUUUUUGUUGACUUUUAUCUUAUUACGCACCCAGUGUGAUACAACUCUUGGAAAACAAUUUUGUCCACCGACUAUCCUAAGAAGCAUUUUUUUUGUAAAAUGCAUGUGGUGCAACAUUGAUUUGUUUGAGCUAAAAUUUGACUGAUUCAAUAUUUUUGCAAAUUUUUGUCAAAUUAUGUCUACUUUCAACUAAGAAUUUGCAGAACAGAAUAGAAGGCCUAAAAUAGUCAUAAUCAUGAAUUAAUAUUGCUCAUUCCUGGUUUAAUAGACGCAAAGAAUUGCUAUUCUGUGGAGAUUUCAUUCUCCUGGUUCAAGAAUGCUAACAGAUAUGAUUCAAAAGGGUGGCUCCAAUGAACACUGAUUAAACAUGGGAAACUGAUCUUCAAGGGUUUUUUUGGUCUUAUUCCUAAAAUUUGAUCCAUUUGACCAAAAAAGACUCCGUGCGAAGUUUCAGUCAAUUUCAGUCUCUGUUCCUCGAGCUCAAAAUGUUUGUAAAAAACCGCAUUUCGUAAUUUCUACUGGUUUAUCUGGAUCAAUUUGACUGAAAUUUGGCACAGGGUCUUUUUUUAUUGAAUAAAUCAAGUUCAGGAGGUAGGUAAACCGAAAAAAAAUUUGACAAUGCUCGAAUUGGGCCACCUUAACUCCUCCUGCAGGCUAAUUGUUGAAAUUGGUAGACAAGACAAUAGACAAAGAAGACAAAAAGGAUGUGGAGGGAUCCUAUUGGUGUAAGAGGGUGGUUGCAAUGGAUCUAAGAGGUAGGUAAUAGAUUAACUAACGGCAACCCACAGGAGACCCUAUAGUUAAUUGGUCCAUAAUUUUCUCUCUCAGUCUAUAAGAACCACUCAUUUCAACCAAUAGGAUCACUCCAACUCCUCAUGUCCUCUGUGUCUAUAAUUUGUCUAUCAAUUUUGACAAUCAGCCAGCAGCAUUAGACUACUGAGUGUAUGACAUGUGACUGUUCACAGGAAGAGGGUUUUUGGAAUACGGAGUCCAAAUUUUCGGGUGAAUGAUUUUUGUUACGUUGUAUUGAUAAAAUUAGGAUUAUAGUAAUUCAGUUACAAUUUUUUUUAGUUCAUUUUCUUAGUACUAUUGAGAGUUGAGUUGCGCCGUAAUCUGACAUUUAAAAACUACAAUCCUGGAUGAAUUGAAAUUUCCCGAGUGUUUCUCAUUCAAAACCACAUUAUCGGACUAAGUACAAAUUCAGGCUGCUUUAUCUCCGGUUUGGUUCAACUUUUUUGGGCAUUUUUGGUGCCUAAAUGUUUGUCAAUGUUCCUAUAAUGUUAAACACUAGGUAUUUCUUGUGUUAACACAGUGGUAUCAAUAUUUCCUUUUUAAGUUGUCCAGUACUUUUCCUGUGUACACUGUACAGUCACAUAAGUAGGGACAGUUUUCAAGACCAUAGACAGAGGAAAACGAAUUUGCCCCAACUCUGAAAUCAAUCUGUAUUCUAUCCAUACUUUUAGAAGUCUUAACCACAAUUAGUCUUAAUUAUUGGAAGUUUAAUCUACCAUAAUUCUGUUUGCUUUUCCCUAAAAACUAAUGUAUUUCCCUCUCAUCCUAUUUGUAACUAACGAUCCACCAAAUACUGCCUGGCUGUGCUUUGUAAAGAAAAUACAUUAGGGAGUGGCCAGAGAUUUAUACCAAUUGAUACGAGGCUAAUGUAAAGAGAACUAAAAACUGGGAAUGUGCAAAAUCAUUACAACUGUCAUACGUAAAACAUUUUAGCAUGUUUUUUCUAGAAAGUUCGGCAACAUGAACAGUCCUAUUGGGUUAAAAUUUUAGUUCUUUUUGCAUUAGCAUGUGAAGUACUCCUGAAAAUUGUAAAUUCAUCAUAUUGUAAUUAGUGGCAUCAUCAGAUGACAAGCAAGAUGACAACAAUAUCUCAACUGGCUACCGCCACUCCUCCUGUAUUUUUUCCAUGACUGUCCUUACAUUUCAGUUCUUGAAGUUUAAGUCGCCCAGGGUAGAAUAGAGAGGCUUCAGCUCUCAGCCGUACUGUGCUACUUUUGGCAAUUUUGAACAAUGACUUUUAAAUUGAAAAUACAAAAAUCUUUGGUGGUUCCCAAAAUGGGAGAUGAAUUGUCAACAUAAUAUUAAGUGAGGUUUGAAGACGGUUCAAGUAUUGAUUUAGUUGUGAUCCAAACUCACUGUGUGAUUUUUUCAUUUUUCAGCAAUUCAUUCAUUUCAAUUUAUUGAAUGAAUUGCUGAAAAAUGAAAUAAUCCAUUCAUGAUUCAUUAUAGUGGGUACUGAAAGUUCUCGUUCGAAAUCUGUUGCAUUCAAGAAUUCAUAAAGAACAUCAGAUCUAUAAUCAUCAAUUAGUAGGAGUCAAAUCACAUGGUAAAAUUGUCCAUCUCUUUUUCAAAACUUUGAAUCUCCAUCGUUGAAGUAAAUGACAGGUUUUUAUCUCAAAAUUUUAAUAGGCUGGCGCUCUGAGCAAGGGAAUUUGUUUGUAGAAAUUUAGAAACAGAAGUCUCAUUGUUGGGUGUAAAGUCAAUCGUGAAGGUGUUUAAAAUAGACUGGACACAUAUUGUGUUUUUUAAGAAAAAAAGGAGGUAUUUAUGUUACAAAUCUUUUAUGGGAAUUGUCUAUCGGUUGAAUUUGAUGCAUUGUGAACUUGUCUUAUUUAUUGUUACCUUCAAUAAGUAUUUGUAAGCACUUAGGGAUUCUGUGUACUGUUCUCAAGAUUUUAGUCACCGAAUAUAUGUAAAAAUCAAGUCACACAUUGACUAAGUUUGGCGUUAAUACAGCUCAAUCAAAGAAGUUCUUGGUCUCGCUUUUAAGGAAGUCUAAUUUCUACACAAUGGAUGACGUUUAUCCUACACAACGGAAAUUUUUCAGAGAAAAUAGUUCUAACCUCGCCAAUCCAAAGGCUCUCCUCCUUUUGUCACUAGCCUAAUAGGUACUCACAGAUGACAGUAGGACUCAAGUUUUGGCUCAUUUUAAUUACAAUCCAUGUGCCAUUAGGUCCCCUUUGCAGAUAGGUGUUCCUUUGAACAAGCCUAAAAUAGUUCCUUUUUAGUAGUUGCAGUCUAACUUGCUAAGAAUCAUUCAACGAAUUGUUUUGAUUUUUCUGUCCAUGCGUUUUUUUUUUCUAGUCACAUUUACACAACGCAAGCAGUGCAUAACCUGAUUUUUGCCGAUAUUCAGGAGCAAAUACCUUGAAAACAGCUUAUGUAAUCCUUAAGUGCCAGUUAAACUUAGGUUCAGGAUGAUUGAACAUGUAAAAUAUUCAAGUUUUUCUAAUUUGUCCAACAGGUGAUUUUGAUAAGAGGUCGCCAAUCUCCUGCAUAUGAUUUUGAUCUUGUUUAUGGAAAUAGUUCUUAGGGUAUCAAAAGCUCUAAUAAGAUGUUUGAUAAACAUACCUCGCUGGGAGGAGGUGUGUAGUGGCUUCUGCCAUGGUUUGGUUGAUCUGUUCGCUGCAGGUCUUCCACCAGGCGGAGAUGCUUGUUAUGAGACAAAAUCCAAAGAAACGGAGUAAGCAUCAUCGGAGUAUGCAUAUCAUCGGUAACAGGGCAGAUUUUUGUUAUAAGUGACACCAUAGUUUGUUCAUGAUUUAUUCGACAGUGACUGCAUAGUGUGGAAACGUAUCAGGACUACUCUGAACUAGAGGUAUUCUCUCUCCACUCUUUACUCUGAAUUAAAAACCGAAGUCUCCUUUAGCAAGAUCGUAACUGUUAAAAAUUGAGUGAGUAACUUCUCCAUCAACUAGGUCAAAAUACUUCUAAGCAUCAACUCCAAGAAAUUUUCUCAGAGUAUUUUAGACUUCGUUUUUACAACCUUUAGUAAUUUUCAUAGAGGUCAUCACAUAAGUAAAUUUCCCUAAUACUAUUGCAUUGUGUGAUCUGUGUCGCAUGGGUUUGAUGACGGGUUUAGCAACUUAAAUGAGUUCAACAAAAAUAAAAUUGGUAAGGGAAGCCUGAAUUUAUCUUUUUUGAGAAUAUCCAAGUUUACAAAAUUUCAAUUUUAUCUCGUCCCAGCCGAUGAUUCUCCCUCUAGGGUAGACUUCGGCACUAUCCGGGCAGAUAUGCAGCCGUGAGUUUGGUUUAGUUGGUCGGCUCGACCUCGGUCCCCGAUCUCCCUAGCCAGCUCCUGAUCAGAGCCUUUUCUAAUUUCCAGAGCCAAAACCAACAUAUGAUAGUUUAAUCGACUAGAUGACCAUCUGGCCGAAACCCACCCCAUGUUGGGGUGGUAGUGCGAAACAGAUGGGAAUCGAAAUCCCCGACUUUGGUUUUACCACAGCCGGUGGAGCAAGUAGCUUAAAUUGUCAUAUCUUCGAGAAGAUUCGCCACUUUUUCUCCCGGUAGAACUACAAAAAAAAAAAAAAAAAAAAAAUUUUAUCUCAUCAAGUUGUUACAACAGUAGCUAUUUUCAGAGUUAGCAAAUUCUCAACCGAAGUUUAAAGAGUCCCAUUUUGCAAAGUUAUAUUGUGCCUAAAAUCAAAGUAAAAUUUCAUGGAGCAACUAAGAGGUCAAAUUUCAGAAACCAGGGCUGUAAUUUUAAGAUGCACCUUGGAGUUUCCUUGAGAAUACCUUAUGUGCAUUGCCUUAUACUAAGGCAAUUUGAAUAAAGAGACCUUGAGUCAAGGAUGUUAUAAGGCGCGUUUUUGAAGUCAGCCUUAAAUUUUGUUGCAAAACUGAGAAUAUUAUCUUCAUAUUAGUGUUGUCAAAUUUAUCUCAAUACCCUAACAACUGAAAGAAAUCACCCCCUUUUGUUCGGUCAGAAGUUCCAGGCUUGACUCUCCUACAGUGUCCAAGCUGCUACAAACUUUUAAUGACAAAAAAAUAGAAGAAGGUACAUACAUUAAUUGCACAGUUUUUUUGCUGGCAGUAGGCUAACCUUAUGUAAGGAUAAGCGAUUUUUUACCUCAGACAUCAGCUGCUUGAGGCAUAGCAAAAGAACAUAUUUCUGUCAAACGGAACUAUGUGCAUUAAGACGUGAGCCCUGAGACCCAUAAGAAUGUACGCAUAACAGGGCUCACGCCGUAAAGCACAUAUGUAGUUCCUUUAGGCAGAAAUACGUCCAAAUAUCCCCUUUAUUCAAUGCUCAUCAUGACUCUCCUCAAAAUUUGAAUGUGAGGUUGAAGUACCUAACAACCAAUAAAUUAGGAGAAAAAUAGUUGGGAAACUUACUUAUGGGAAGACUCUUCGAUUAAAAAUCAAUUGAACAUAACUGUAACUAUGCUUAUUAUGAUUGUAAAGAAUGAAGGUUCCUAUUCUACAAAUGCAAUCAAAGAAUAUUGAAAAGAAGAUUAGAAAAGUUGUUAAAUGAUUAGUAAAAAUGUGAUAUUAUCUUCUCUAUUUUUCAGUUAUUUAUUUAUUUAUGUUUCAUUUAUUUUCUCUUUCUUUAUUUUUAGUUGUUAAACUUUUUGAGCCAUUAUGAAAGGUUUGACAUCAAGUUAUUUUGUAAAUUUGCAUUUAUGUAAUUGUGUUGUAUUAUAAAGGCAAUUAAGGCGGCCAGAAGUAAUAAUUCAACUUAAUUUCACUUAAACUUUUUCCACCAUUGGGCGAGUGUUCUUCAACCAUGUAAAUAUAAAAAUUUUGAUUAUGUAAAGUGUAAAAAUUAGGCUUAUAAAUUGCAAACUUUUAAAAUGUACAAAGUUUUUUUAAGAGUUAUUUAAAGUUAUCAUUCCACCUUGUAUCUCUUUGAAAUGCAUGUAGAUCUAUCUUUUGAUCAUGCUUCAAAAUAUAGUUGCUUUUGAGUUUAAA